CGGGAGAGGUCGCAUGCUCUGUCCAGCCGAAAACACACGCAUUGUGGAAGAGCUCUUUCCUGUAGACUAGAAGAGGAACUCCUCCUAGUCUUUAGUUAUGGGAGAAACUCGGAGCGUGACAGAAAACUAUGUGUUUGCGCUGAAAAACUGCGCUGUGAACGGCGUGUAGUUGUCUCGGCGGAAUCCGGACCUCUCGUGCUUUGUGUCCGAACAUCACUGAGAGCCCUGGCAGCAGCACACAGCAGAUCAGGCAGAACGCCAACAUGGCCGCAGACGCAUCGGUGAAGCCAUGCCAGAUGGACCGCAGUGGCAGCUUCUUUAAGCUGAUAGACACAUUUUCCACUGAGAUCUCAGAGCUGAAGCAGGAGAUGGUUCAGACAGCUAGAGAGCCAGACACAAAGCUCCUACAAGGUCUGGAGGGGGAGGUGAGUGGUCUGUUCCUGCAGUCAUCAGUCUGCGCAGGUGCAGCAGGGGUCCGGGACUCUGGCUAUGACUCUCUACGCCGACGCAUGAGUGUGCUGGAUAGAGUAACACACACACACCCGGUCUGGCUCUUACUGCCACUCAGUGAUGAAGAAGCAAAACGCAUCCUGCAGCCUCAGCCACCAGGGACAUUUUUGGUGAGAAGGUCCUCUAAACUUCAAAAGAAGGUGAUUUCCCUGCGUAUGGACACAGACAGUUUUCCAGCCACUGUGAGGGACUUCCCUGUCACAGAGAGCCAGUACACCUUCUCCUUGGAGGGGUCAGGGAUCAGCUUCGCCGAUCUCUUUCGACUGGUGGCUUUUUGCUGUAUAAGCAGGGAUGUUCUCCCAUUUACGCUGAAGCUUCCUGAGGCAAUCUCUGCUGCAAAAACUACUUCUGAUCUAGAAGAAGUAGCCAAGUUAGGAAUAGGAUUCUGGGAAACUAACUUGUGUGAAAAGAAGACGAGCUCUGUGACUGAUGAAUCGACCGUCCAACAGAGAGUGAAGCAGACGGGGCAUAGGACAUCCCUUGGAGACGAUCUGCCACCUGUCCCACGAACUCGAUCCCCGUCUGAGCUGGAGUGCAGUCAGUCAAACGGGGCUCUGUGCUUCAUUAACCCCCUCUUCUUACAGACACACCGCUAUGAACCUGCUUCCACAGAAACUGUCACCUUAGCAGUAUCUGGACAAAACUGUGCACUUUCACCCAGCAGCAGCUCCUCUACUCAGGGCAAAAGCCAAUCAAGGCCUCAAAGCAUCAUUCGCCGAAACAGAGAACACAACAUAAACAACGACGUAAAUACAGAAAAACGUUUGUCCCGCUCCCCUCCACCUCGACCACCCCCACCCCGCACCAUCCCACGUAGACCAGCCAGUACAGUCAAGCAGAAGAGCAUGCCUGAGACUGGUGUUAGCUGGAUUAAAAUGCCCCAGGAGAAAACUGGCUUCCUAGGGCGCCUGAGUUCCUCGUUUAGCUCCUUCUCACCCUCGUCCUCACCCCCCAAGAAGAUCAGCUCACCCAUCCCCAUGCCAUCUUGUCGUGGAAAAAGAGCCCCCAGCAUUCCUGAAUCAGAGGGUCAGCUUUGUCACUUGGCACUGGAGGACCAGAUCAUUGAGCAGGCAGUAUCACAGAGCCUGGCCAAGCAGGCAUUGAGGAACGCAGCCACAGAGAGCAGAAACCCUACAGAGGAGGACAGCCCUGUAGGGCGAGAGAGACUCAGUGACAUUAGCAUCUCCACCUCCUCCUCUGACUCUCUGGACUACACUCAUGGCUUCACACUGCCAGCAGCAGCCAGCCCCUCCAGAGCUGACAGCAGCCUGGAGGAGGAGGAAGAAGAGGAGGAAGAUGAUGGCGUCGGUGUGGAGAGCGAUCAGGAGCUGAGCAUGGAGCCACCAUUCAAGCCCAAGAAGCAUCACAGCGCUGGUACGUUUGUGCUGCCACGGGCACUGAAAGGACAUCUGCGUAAGGUCAGCGGAGUCUUUAACUCACUCAUGACACCUGAGAAAAGAGCAGUCAAAAGGAUUGUAGAGCAGUCUCAGAACAAAAGCACCUACUUCGGCUGCCUGGUGCAGGACUACAUGAGUUUCAUGCAGGAGAAUUGCAGCUGCCAUGAAUCAGGCCUUGAGCUGCUGCAGACUGUCCGGCAAUUCAUGACUCAAAUGAAAUCCUACCUGCUGCAGAGCUCCGAGCUCAACCCUCCCAUUGAGUCUCUCAUUCCAGAGGACCAAAUUGAUCAGGUACUGGAGAAGGCCAUGCACAAGUGCAUCCUGAAGCCUCUGAAGCCUGUGGUGGAGACGGCUCUGCACGGCUUCCAGGUGAGCAGUGGAGUCUGGCAGCAGCUGAAGGAGAACCUGGCUUUGGCUAAAACAAAGCAGCCACAAGAGAUGGGUGUAGACGGAGCCAUGCCACCAGAUCCUGUGGCUAUAGAGAAGAUUCGUCAUAAGUUCCACAAUAUGAGCAAGAUGUAUUCGCCUGAGAAAAAAGUGUCACUACUGCUCCGUGUCUGCAAGCUCAUUUACACAAUCAUGGAAGACAAUUCAGGGAGAAUGUAUGGGGCGGAUGACUUCUUACCCAUGCUGACGUAUGUGUUGGCUCAGUGUGACAUGCCUGAGCUGGACACAGAGAUUCAGUACAUGAUGGAGCUACUUGAUCCCUCUCUGCUGCAUGGAGAAGGUGGAUACUACUUGACUAGUGCAUAUGGAGCCAUGUCUCUCAUUAAAAACUUCCAGGAAGAGCAGGCUGCACGGGUGCUGAGCUCAGAAACCCGUAACACACUCCACCAGUGGCACCGCAGACGCACAGCUCAGCGCAGCACACCGUCUGUGGACGACUUUCAGAACUACCUAAGAGUUGCACUCCAGGAACCAGACAGUGGCUGUACAGCUAAAACUCUGCAGGUCAGACCGUACGCCACCACAGAAGAGGUGUGUCAGUUAUGUGCUGAAAAGUUCAAGGUGCACGACCCUGAAGCCCAUGCCCUGUUCCUGCUGACAGAGGAAAGCACACAGCAGCUAGCCCCAGACACACACCCACAGAAGAUCAAAGCAGAGCUGCACAGUCGCCCACAGAUUCAGCCAUUUUACUUCGUCUACCGCCGGAUCCAGAACCUCGGCCUCACUGCUUCAGCAGAUGAGUUCAAUGGCAACUCAGAGCCUAUCUGACACUUAAGCCUCUGAAGCAUGUGUACCAUGCAUUUCCUCUCUUACCUUUUUACUGCAAGUUUUUUUUCACAGCACCACAGAGCCAACUGUGUUUUGGAAAUGUUUGCAUCUGAAGGAAACGGAAAAUGAUGCUGGGCCCUGAGGAAAGAAGGAAGGAAGGAUAUGUCUGACAGAUGCUGCAUUUUCAGCUCUUCUUUGUCUUUUUUAAUCUUUUGGGAACUGGAACGUGAGCAUCACAUUUGAGGAAGCUACUUUUGUGUUGUAUACAAUAAAAAAAAAGUUGGCCUUUGGCAAGAGAGCUGGUGGGAAGGUUCAGUAUGAAUGUGCAUAUUCAUAAUGGAGCCAGGCCUGAAUAAAAGAUGUUUAAAGAUUUUCUAUAGUGCUUCAGUAUAAAUAAUGCAGUGCUCUACAUGACCGCUCUUUUUUAAAGGGCAAAAUGUAUUAGAUAUGUUUUAAAUAGCCUGCUAAUGCUACCAUGGUGGCUGGCUUCAGGAAGCUGUUUAGACCAUAGUCUGUCAUGUGGUGUAAUUUGAGCAACUCCACUGCCAUGGAGGAAUAGAUAUCUAUAAAUGACUUUACAUUUUGAAUUAUUUUAUACUGAAAACCUAACUGUUAACAUUUUUAAAACUGUUAUAUGCAGUUGCUGGUAAACUGCUUUCUUUUUUAUAUAUGAAAAUUCAUUAGUAUAAUAAUGCAUGCAUUUGUUGGUUAUGAAUAUCAACUAAGAACCAGGCACUGUUGCCAGUGAUGUUUUAUUAUUGCAUAUUUGUAUGAAUGAAAUCAUAUGCGUCAGCGCCUGUAGUCAAUCAGUAGUCCACAAAUAUCAUGUUUAUGCUCCCAUCCCUGUUAAUUUAUAAAACAUUUUUGCAAUGAAGAUAUAUAAACAAAAUCUUGAAUCCAAGUUGUAGAAAAUACUGUACUACUGACAAGCUAAAGGCUUGUGUGUGAAUAAUUCUGAGCUGCAUAUCAGUGGUUUGUGGUCCUUGCUGGCAGGUUUCUGAAAGUGUGCAGUGGGACAAGAAGGUUGUUUGAAUGUGAGCAUGGUUACAGGAGUAGAAUGUAAUGUUCAGCAGAGAAAUCAGGAAGGAUUAGUUGCAAGAUAAUAAAAGAAAGGAAUUUCAUUCAUUGGAAGAACAUCUCAAGCAGUGGAUUUUAUACAUUUUACUGUAAAUUUUGAUCAGGUAAUAACUGACUAAAUUGUGGGGGUUUUUGUUUGUUUGUUUGUUUGUUUGUUUUUUUUAUCAUAUGUCUAACUACAAAGAUUGAGAUUUACCAAGUGUGUGAAAGUGCUGUGCAUUUUUAUGUCUGGACAUCAUUGUUAAAAAUGUUAAAGACUGAUACGGAGGCUAACUGGAAAAAUGAGACCAGAUCGAUGCAAUGUGCCCCUGUAGCAUUGACAGAAACACAUCAUGGCCGUCAGGAAAAACACAAGACAUGAUGUUAAAUUGUUUUUUUGUUUUGUUUUUUUUAAGUCUAAAUAUAUCAUGUAAAUGUGAUUUUUAACUAGAUAUUUUAAGGUUGAUAAGUAUGUAUUUAUAUGUGAUCUGUGCAGGGAUUAUCACAGAUUUUUGUUUUUUGGGGGGGAAAAAACCUUCUUAAUUCAAAUGUGUUAAAAUGUGUUAUAUUGCAGAUGUUUCACUACUAGCACUCCCAUAAGUGUAUGUUUUGUAUGUGGCAUUUAUUCAUGAACCUUACUAUUUUGCACACAAUAAAAUAAGAAUAUAUAA